GCGUAGAGCUCUCUCUUUUCAUCUCACAAUCGAAACGAGACAAGAAAAUCAGUGACAAACUUUAUGUUAAAUGCACACUUGAUACCAGGAGUUAAUUGUUCCCGAAAGUUGCUAUUUUGGAGAAUAGGAACAUAUUUAUUAAAUGUAAAACGUAUUAUUUUACCAUCACAACUAUUUUACGGAAUUUGACUUGUUUGUAAACCCAGCCUAUAACUCUUGGUCUAUGAACGUAACCUUAUUCUGCAGUUAUGUUUAGUAGCGUUGUACGGCGUAUGGUUAGCUAAUAAACAUAGAGUUUUUGUUGAAAAUCACAGCCUCAAAACGAUGGCUUCUAGACGUACAAGGGUAAAGGCAGUUGCCAACUUUACUCAUAGGAAAAAGCCGCCUCUUUCCUCGGCAGUAAACUCCACUGAAGCUUUUUCUGCAGACGAUUUGGAGCUUCCAACCUCUUCCAGCUCGACUAUUAUUGAGAAAACUUCAAUAAUUCCCCAGGAAGAAUGCUGCGACUUAAAAGCGAAGAUCGCUCCAGCCAGUAAUAAAAUUGUGAUACUUGAUGAUUUGAAAGUUCGACCCGCGCCCCAACCAAACGGCGAGGCACCGAAAGUGCCGCUUAAAAGCCCCAUUAGUGAGAAAUGUGCGUCUUCGGUUGAAACUCAGCCAGCAGAUUACCCUCUCCCCGCAUCUCCUGUGAAGAAAAUGAUCUUGGAUUCCUCUGAUUCGGAAUAUCCUGCACCAUACAGUCCGAGUAAAAUCAACAGGAGCCGAAUACGUCCGAUUCCGCGGCUGGAUACGAGGAAACCCAGCGCGAGUGAGUCGGAGGAUGAAAGCAGGCGCUAUGGCAGGAAGAGGCACAACUCGGUUUGCUCGGUGGCGUCAACAGUUUGCCUGGAGCCCCAAACCCCAACGACCCCUCAUCUGGAGCAAAAGGACACAGCGCAUGCAACACCUAAGAAGAUAUUCAGGAACGAGCAGACCAGAAGACUGGCCGAAGCAAGGCGCGACUUCCACAAACGUUUUGGCAGCGCAGCCCCUGAUAAGCAACAACUAAGAAUGAUCGAUUUAAUAUUUUAUAAUCCCAACUCAAAUCCUAUGAGCCAGAAGACUGAGAGAGACAGGACUCAAUCGGAAACCACAGUGAAACAGGUCAAGAGCGAAGCAGUUGAUGAUCCAGCCGCGCCUGAAGCUGAAGAAAACGAGCCCGAAAGCAGUUUGCCAGUGCCGCAAAUAAAAAUCGGACCAUCGGGGGAAAUUAUCCUGGACGAACAAAGCGUGGUAAUGGAAAAUACGCAAGUCGCCAAACAGAAGGAACAAAUACAAAAAUCCAAAAUAGUAGACGGAGAUUCUACAGCUACUUAUGGGAUAUACAAAAAGGUCGCCAGAUCGCUGCCAUGGAGCCAGAAGGAGACGGUUCGCUUCUACAAAGCGCUCAACUUGAUAGGCACCGAUUUCACGCUAAUGGCCACCUUGUUCCCGACCAGGAGCAGGCGAGAGCUGAAGAUCAAAUUUAAGAAGGAGGAAAAAAACAACAUUCAACUUGUCGAGCGCGCCAUCAAAGACCCGUGCAGCUAUAAUUUCGCCGAUCUGAAGCGCGAGGUGGAGGUCGAGCGGGAGGAGGAGGCAAUUUUGCAAAAAAUCAAAGACGACGAACUGCGAAGCAAAACAGAGCCAACUGAAAAACAAACCAGAAAGAGAAAAAGAAAAGAACCCAACAGAUCUGCCCCAACCGCACAAAAACUGCCAACCCAUGCACAGAAAUCAGUACAUUCCGAUGAUGAAGCAACCGAACUUUCCAAUGGAAAAACUCCAGCUGGUAUCGAGUCUGCCGGUGGUAGAGACGGGGAUGCAGAUAUUUCGGAUUUCACCCAAAGCGACACAGAUGAGGAAGAGUUCAUACCGUUCCUCAAACCCACUAGGUUUGGAAGAAUGCCCAAAAGCACAUUGAAGUUCAACGAGCCGCUCGAUUUGCCCGGCAAGUGCACGGUUCCCAAAAAGAGGCCUUACAAGAAAGCGGCAAAUAUUGACAAAACACCUUCCCGUUCUUGUUCCCCCUCACGACUCCCAGUUGGACUCUUGAGGGAUCGGCGACUUUCCAGCGCGUCCAGUGUGGACUCCAAUGCGGAAAACCUUGUCCCAGGGGCAGUGAUUAUCACUGCGGAAGAGGACGCGAAAGGCCAGCAGCAGUAUAAAGUGUUCAUGGUUACGCCUGAAAAGAAAUUGGCUCCUGUGGAAAUGGACUCUCAGGCUAUAGCAACUCUAGUGGCCGAAAAAUCGGUGGCGGAGCUUCCUUUAACGCCCAGUUUGCCAGAAAGGAACGUUACAAUUCCAGCCAGCUCAGUAGACAGUCAGCUGGAGCCUUUAACGGAAGCAGGUAAUGUUGCAAAGUCAGGCCAAGGGAAUGAGGUUUCAGUUGAACACAAUAAUGUUGCAAUAAAUUGCACAGAAAAUGGCAGUUUGUCUCAGCCAAACGACAAGCUGAUUCCAGAGGAACCACCAGGCAAUAAUCAAUCUUAGUUGUUGGAGGAUCAACUGAAACCCUCAUUGCCUGGCACCGAUGAAAGCGUAUUGCAUUCUUGCCUAGAAUAUG